AUGCCUCGUCCCUCAAAGAAGGCCGACGACAAGGCCAAGGGUGUCAUCCCGCCUCCAACCAUGGUCAUUCCGCCCGUGAUUGCCGGGCUUGCUCCUCCCGUCAACCCCAGUGUCGGCCCUCGUGUUGUUGACAACGAGAGCUUUAUGCGCGUCCGCGAUUCUGCCGUCAAUCGUCUCUCCACUAUUCUGGAACUUCUUCGUUCCUUUACCAGUGACUACAUCCGCCAGACCAGCCUGCUUCUUGGCGAGCAGCAAGGCGAUGUUAAUGAGCUGAUUAACAGCUUUGAUCCCGCUGCCGCUGCGGCCCAGCUCAUGCUCCAGCCUGUAGGGGACCUUGCCGCUCCUCCCGUCGAGGAGAAGAAGGAGCGCAAGAAGCGUACCCACGACCCCAACGCUCCCAAGCGUCCCCUUACCCCCUACUUUCUCUACAUGCAGCACGCCCGCUCCAUCAUUGCCAACGACCUCGGCCUUGAGGCUCCCAAGGGCGCUGUUCAGGAGGAGGGUCAGCGCCGCUGGGCCAACAUGAGCCCCCACGAGAAGCAAGGCUGGAACAAUGCAUACCAGUAUAAUUUGCGUCUCUACAACGCCCGUGUUCAUUCGUACAAGGCACAAAACGCCAAUGCCAAGAACAUGACGGAUGAAGAGGCUCUCAAGUACGCCGAGGAAUUUAGCAUCCCCAUGCCCGACCUCAAGGAUGCCUCCAAGACGGACAAUGUUCAGGCCGCCAUUGCCGAACAGCUUCAGGAUGAUUCCUCCAAAACUCCCAAGAAAGCCGCUGGCGGUCGCAAGCGUAAGAGCGAUGCACCCGUCACCGAGGUUGAGACCCCCAAGGCCGGCCCUGCCAGCCCUGACAAGAAGCGCAGACGCACUUCUACCAAGGCCGCUGACGACAAGGACGACAGCAAGAAGUCUGCUCGCAAGAACAAGAAAUAA